UCUGUUGAGUCACACUUGAGAAGAAACUCAAGUGAGAGGAGACUGCCAUGGCUCACCGGCUGUUUGAGGAGAAAUACCAUGCAUCAAUUUACCAAAAGUAUCGCAUAAUUCCACCUGAUAGAGUUACAAGGCUCAUUCUGGAGUACCUUGACAAAAAGAAAGGACCUCCUCAUGAGCUUGCUGUGGACCUGGGCUGUGGGACAGGACAGAACACUCGUCUGCUGGCCCCUCACUUCCAGAAAGUGGUGGGCAUUGAUGUCAGUGAGUGCCAAGUGGAGGAAGCGAGGGCAGUGCCAGGGUUUGCCAAUGUCACCUAUAGGUCAGGUCCAGCUGAGGAGCUGCCGUUUCCUGAUGGCUCUGUGGAUUUACUGACUGCAGCAUCUGCAGCUCACUGGUUUGAUACUGAGCGUUUCCUGAAGGAGGCAGCACGUGUAUUGAAGCCUCAUGGCUGUAUUGCUCUUCUGGGCUAUGCUGAUGAGUUCAGACUAUAUUACGGCUCCUGUGGUGACAAACUGAACAACAUCUGUGCAGAGGUGAAGAAGGUUAGCAAACGUUAUGCUAGUCCUCAGUUGGCGGCAUCUGACAAUAGACUGCGGGUUUUAUUUGAAGAUAUACCCUUCCCUGACAAAGAGAGGAUUGAAAGAAUUCCACUGAAGAUGGAGAUGACGGUUGCAGCCGCAGUUGGCUUUCUGGAGUCUUUCUCUUAUUGUCAGACCUACUUUAAAACAGACCCCCAAGCUGCAGCUGCUCUUUUAGAGUCAAUGAGGACACGGCUUCUAGAGGAAAUGGGCGUCUCAUCACCUGACACUAAGUUAGAGUUCACAACAGACUUCUAUUGUGUGCUGGCAUGUAAACCACAGUGAAGACAACAACUCUGAUUUGAAGGAGGACUAACAUGAUGGUCAUGGCAUUAUAUUUUUCAUGGACAUUUACCAUUUGUUAUAAUCACAGUUGUUCACUAUUAAAUUAACCUGUCAUUGCUUGAAAUCAACCUUAUCUACAUAUACUUGCACAGUAAAUAUUAAGGCAUAUUAAAUUUUGUCAAUUUUACAAUUGAACUAUUGCUCUGAACAUUAAAUUCAAAUGCUUAAUCUGAUUAAUUAUCCAAUCCCAGAUAAUCAUGCCUAGAAGCAGUGUUGCCAGAGGGUGAGAAACACUUAAUGUGAGGUGAAUUUAAAUUUUGUGCAAGUCAGAACUUAUAGAUAUGGACGAUAUGGACAAAAUCUUAUAUCACAGUAUGUAUAAUUCCAUAUUUUGAAACGAUAUAUAUCGCAAUAUAUUACAUUUUCUCUAAAAUUGUUGAAAAAAAUUAUCCAUAUAAAAUAAAUGCAUGCAUUUA